GGCAUAUGUUUACAUUAUUGAAUAGGUUAAUGAAAUGAACAUGACAGAAGAAUUAACUGAGAAUGUGGAAGAAGUUAAGGAAGUAGAAGUAAAAAGAGGAAGAGGUCGCCCUAAGAUUCCAGAUGAAUUGAAGAAGACAAAACCGAAAGCACAUAGUGGUUUGUCUAGAGGAAGGCCUAGAAUUCAUCCCUUAAAAUCAAGAUUUACAAAAAAUACGAAAAAAUCUAAAGUACCAGUAUUAGAAAUAAAUAUUGCGGAUAAAGCACAAAUAUCACUUAUUAAAGACUUUACAAAUAAUGACUUGCUUGAUACUCUACCUGUGAAGUUUGUAACCAUACCCAAUAAUGUUAGAGGACGUCCAGUAAAAAAUACCAUUUCACAACAAAUAGAAUUGAUGGUUAUAAAGCCAACUAAUGGUAAAUAUGGUAGUCGUUCUUACCAUGUUAAUCAUAAUGAUUCAGAUGAUGAAAGUUUUAAUCAAACCCCAUCUACCAGUAAAGCUGAAAGUCAGUCAUCAACAAGUAAAGGUAGAGGUAGACCUAGAAAAAAUUUAAAAGUUAGAACAAGUGAUAAUUCAGAAAUUUAUAAUACACCAUCAACAAGUAAGGGACGUGGGCGCCCUAGAAAACCACUGAAGAGAUCAGUACCAACACCUAUAAGAGGUAUCAGUAGAACACCUCAAAUAUCUUAUACUGAAUAUAAUGAGUCUGAUUAUUCCGAUGAUGAAGGUUAUAAUUAUACCCCAUCUACUAGUAAAGGUAGAGGUAGACCUAGAAAAUAUCCCAGGAUAGACAUAGAUGGUGACUCAGAAAUUAUUAUAAGAACACCAUCAUCACCAGGGAGAGGUCGACCACGAACUAAAGUAGAAAUAGAAGAUAUUGCAGACGACAGUAAUUCAGUAUCUUCAUCUGAGAGUAAGAGUAAAGGACGUGGACGACCUAGAAAACAUACUAAGAAAACUAUAUCAACAUCAUCAUCACCAAGUAAAGGGAGAGGAAGACCCAGGAAACAUCCUAUGACAGCUGUAUCAGAUAUUGAAUCUGACAUUAAUGAUUCACCAUCAACUAGUAAAGGUCGAGGACGACCAAGAAAAUACCCAAAAAUAGAUACACCUAUAGAAGAUAAACCAAAGAAAGUCAGAGGGAGACCAAGAAAAUCUCUACCAUCUGAAGCUACAGAAACAAUGAUACUGACAGUUGGAGAUGAUGAGGCAACUAUAGAACAUAUUUUAACUGAUAAUCACGUAGGUUCAUCAAAACAAAAACUUGGCAGAGGUCGGCCAAAAAAAGAAGCUAAAGUUAUAUUAGAAACAUCAAAUAAUGGAGAAGGUAAUACAGAGUUUGAAUGUCAAAUCAAUAGUAGUGAAAUCUAUUCUAAAGACAGUGGUGUUCAAGAAGAAAAUGUAUUAUUAUUAGAUGACAGUAAUAACUGUGAAGAAAUAGAAUACAGUAUAAGUGAACAAACAGCAAUACCAUUAGAAGAUGUUACAUCUGAACCUGUGUCUGAGAUCAUAUCAUGA